UGUCUGUUGACGGUGGUUUGUGGUUAAUUUGACCGAUCUCGAAGUGCUGUGUGGGAAUUUGGGACACAGGAUUUUAACUGUUUAGCAGAAUGUGAAAACAUAAACACGCACACAUAUAUUUAUAUACAGACUGUGGUGGCCGUGAGUGCCAAGUGAACGAAGAUAACGCUCACCAGAUGGGAUAAGAGACGGAGAGGGGACAUCUGUAGGGUGUCGAAAGAAGGUGUCGUCUAUCUUGUGACUUCAUAAGUGUUCUGAGAUUGUGUGAAGCUGUGAUAAGACGACGCUAUUGGUGUGGGCCAGUUCCAGCAGUGGUGUUCAGGCGGAAAGCAACCGUGUCUCGGGCUGUGAGAGAGUGUCGUUCAGAAGAGCAGAUAUCAAGUCAAUCAUCCCACGACUGGCUGGGUUCAGAAAAGGUGAAGAAUCACUUUCGGCAGCUACAGCAGCCUUCGGUUCCGGGAGGAGACAAAAAUCAAUUUCUUUCGCCUCGGACCAAAAAAAUAAACAAGUUUGUUGAGAGAUCAACCCCGUUCAAAGACCCCCCCGUGGUGCAAUAGUGUCUGCCCGAUUGGCGCGGUUGUGCGUCUAAAGUUCUAGAUUGUUUCAUCACUGAAAAAAGAAGGGUGUAGUGUUGUGUUUUUCCUCUGUUACCUCAAGGAAGUGGAAGUGUAUCGGUGGUUCGAGAAUUGAAAAAAAAAAGUGAACGAGUGAAGCGAAAAAAUAAUACCCUUCUAAACGUGAAGUCAUAGCAGCUAAAGGAGUAAACGUCAGCACAUCUUUCCGUUUCGGUGGCGCGUUACUUACGAUUCCUCGGUGUCUGGAAUACAGCUCGUGAGCAGUGGAGGCAGCAGAAGCUCCGUGAAGAGGAAAAAAAGCAACACCCCGUUGCGCUACAAAAAUCAAAAAAACGUGAGAAGCAUUAUCAACCAGUGAAUAUAGUGCGUAGUCAGUAGGGUCAACGUACAGUAUUAGAUUUCAAAAUCAACAGAACAGUGAACAAAAAACAAGUUCUUGCCCCGAAUCGAUCCAACGGCUGGAAGGCGCGUGCAGUAUUGCCGAGUUUUGUUGUUGAUUCACACAACGAACGAGCUGAUAAGCCCUGCAUACAGUUUGCGGCAAAGCUUGCAAAUCCAGCAAAAAAUUCACAACAAUGCAUUGAUCUCGUUCCGAAAUCCCCAGCAGUACAAGUUUCGCGUGAUAGUGUGUAGUUGUUUUGUUGUGUCGAGGUAUCAGUAAUCCUUAAUCGAGAGAAAGAAAGAGAGACUGAAAACCCCAUUGCACACACCCAUACAGAGAGGCGUGUCCGCGAAGCGGACUAGGCAAGCUCGGGAGAAUCCUGCUUGCGGAGCAGGAUUUUUGUUUCGGAGAAGACGUUUUGCACCUAACCGGUAAAGGUACCCUAACACACACAAAGCUUCAUCAUGGUGGACUACUAUAAGGUGCUGGACGUUUCCAGAACUUCUACAGACGCAGAAAUUAAGAAAGCAUACAAAAAAUUAGCCCUCCGAUGGCAUCCAGACAAAAACCCCGAUAACCCAGAGGAAUCCAACCGGCGAUUCAAGGAAAUCUCCGAAGCAUAUGAAGUUCUAUCAGACGCCUACAAACGACACAUUUACGACAGCCGAUUCGCACGUAAAGGUGCUUCCAGCUAUUCCCCGAGCGGCGGAGGGAUGCGUGACAGCAGUAAUUACACUGCUUACACCAAUCGUGACUACAGCAGCAGCAGACACGGUGGCGGUUACGGUGGCUUCGAUGGCCACCAUUACGGGCGCUACGGUGGGGGCGGUGGCGCGCGGUCUCAUCACGGCUCGUCGGGUCGCGAGAACAGCCGUCCGUUUUCGUUCCGAGGAUUUUUCGAAACGACGCCGUUUUUCCGCUUCUUCGAGAAAAAACGUCGCAUCUAUGAUCAGUACGGCAAGGAGGGUCUCAUGAGCAACAGCUCCGAUCGCUACCACCAGAGCAACCGGCAUCGGCGCCACAAUGGCGGCGGUAUACACGACGAGUUCGAUAUCUUUGGCGGAUUCCCGUUCACAUUCCGCGACCCAGAGGAAGUGUUCAGGGAGUUCUUUGGCGGAUCGCCGUUUGAGGAGAUUUUCAGGGUAACGUCCCAUCACAACGGACGUCGCGCCAACGGUGCCGGCAAUGGGCAACGACACUCGCACCCGCAGAAUGUGAUCAGCUCGCCGUUCAUGUCACCCUUCAUGAGCUUCAACCUGAUGGAUGAGUUUUUCAAUGCGGAUCCGAUGGCACACCGGGGAGGAGGCGGAGGCGGUGGCUUCACCUCCAUAUCGGAGUUCAGUGUCGGCAGUGGUCCAGUCAAGCGAACCUCCACCUCGACCACGUUCGUCAACGGGAAGAAGCUAAUGACGAAGAAGGUGUACGAGAACGGCACCGAGACGAUAAUGUCAUACGAGAACGAUGUGCUAAAAUCAAAGACUGUAAACGGAGUCGCUCAAGCUAUUUCCAGCUACAACCACUAGGCGAGAACCGAAUUGUAGAAGCUAGAUGCGCCGCGGAGAGGACUGUGUAGAGCAAAACCUCCAAGUAGAGAAAGUGAGACAAGCCAAAAGAAAAUCGUCGUCGUGGCUGUUGGGUGGAGAGAUUGAGUGAAAUGGAUGGAGUGCACGCUAGCAUUAAUUAUUAACUAUAUCUAGUAACUAGUAAUUAGCGUUUAUUAUUACCAUAUUUACUGCAAACCUACGAGUAGACACAAACCGCAGGAACAGACAAACAGAACAGCAAAAAAAAGUGUGGCUAUUCUGUUGUGUCUCGGCGACACAUACAAUAUCGACAGGUAUCGAUGUUGUUCAUGUUGGGGGCCCUCGGGGGCCCUACCGAGUUGGGUCAGAAACCAAAUCGCGCAUUCGUUCAUAAUAACUAGAGAGAAACAUUAUCCACGGAAAAAUCAGAAGAGAACAGCCCAUCUAACAUAGCAGCGAGCUGCAAAAAGAAACAAGAAAAAAUCUGUAACAAAUCAUUCGGGGUGUAUUGGGAAUAGAUAAAACAGAUGGAAACAUCAUAUACUAUUAUCCUUAACAAAAGCAACAUAACUGUUUGUCUGGCGAAAGCGAUGAAAAACAUUGGUGAAAUAAAAAAUUGAACCAACAUCCGACACUUACUAAUAUUAUACACCCGGAUUCCAACCAAAUUGCAUAUGUUGGUAUCGCUAGGAAGAAAAAAAUAAACCAUUUUCAUUCAUCGAUUUUCGUAUUUGUGUGUUAUGGAGUGUGAAAAAUUCAAACAUCGCGCAUAAUCAAAAGUCAUGCUUUGCACUGUAUAAUUGGAUGGAAACGGAGAAUCCUUAACACUAUUUUUGCUAGACACAAAAAUUGUUUCGGAGUACAUAUUGUAAGUCAUAAUCAAAACGAAUGGUAAAGUGCGGAGAUAUAGGCGUUUUCUUUUUUUCGGAUAAGCAGUUUUGUGUGUCGUUAAAGAAAAAAAGCUUUAUGUGUGGCACCGUAACGCGCGAACGCGAACCAGUGCUUUCGAUCCUCAUUUAAUUUUAAUUUUACAUCUAUUUCUAAUGUAGAACAAUUGACGAACGUCGCACUAAAAUUCCCGCACGGCCCUUCAUACUUCAAAAAAUACAAAAUUCACCACACACCCUAAAGAGGGAGUGGGGGAGAGGUGUAUAUAGACCUGCAAAUGUUUUUCAUUUUACGAACUACGUUUGGGCUUCGAAACCAUCACCUCUCUCGUUCCAAGUUUUGUUUGCCAUCAAAACAUCGCUAUCUGCUUACUACUAUUUGUUCAUUAUUAUCUAAUCUUAAACUAAAUAUUAUUAUUAAUACUUACUGAUGUGUAGAAGGAUUGUCGCGCGCGGUACAAGCGGCCAACUGAGUACUGAAGCUAGGUACCUUCGGUUUUUUCUAGUUUAAUUUGAUUUUCUCGCGGGUUGUCGAACAAUUGGAGAAUAUGCGAGUGAGAUAGAGAGAGCGAGAGCGAAAGAGAGUGAUUUGGGACUGGAAUGCAGAUUGGAUGCAGCGACAGUUUUGUUUGCGUACGAUGUUCAUUUCUUGUUAAGUAAGAAUUUAGCAAUUAUACAGCAAAAAUCACGCCGUGAAAACAGAUGAUACCCACACACCCUCGUUUAACUUUAAGAAAAAAUAUAGCGGAAGAAAGGAGGAAGAUGCAAGGCAGAAGGAGAACGAUAAUAAUGGAAAUUUAGAAAAUGAAUGCAAACUAAUUCAUCAAAAUGAAAAGAGACCAUUUAUGUAGCGUAAUAAUCAUUGGCGUAAAGAAAACAAAACAUAACAAUGUGUAACAGCAAUUAUUAAAUAGAGAACUACAAGCAAAAAAAAGGAGUAGGGGUAACGAUAAAGCAGAUACCGAUUACUAAAUAUGUUACAAAACACAAACCCCAAAACAUUAAUAUACGCAAAAGAAAGAGAAAGAGAAAAAAAUCAAAACGAUGGCAAAGUUUUAAGCAUUACAGAUUUCUAAACGGAAAA